CCACUACGCCAACAUUUCACCCCAGAACUACAGCCGUCCCCAGUGCCCACCUCCGCUACCUCCAACAUCAUCAUCCUCGUCCUCACGACUGCCGCAGCCGCCAUCAUUUUUGCCUGUGCAUGGCUUUUCAGGGCUCAGCAGCCCUUCAUCUUCACUAUCAUCGAUGUCGACACCGUCGUCAUCUUCAUAUCACCUGUCACCACUGCAGCAGCAGGAGGGGGUUAACCACAUCCUCAAUGAAAAUGAAUACAGAUCUAAUCUAAGCUCUCACAGCUUCAAAGAACCCCGCAAACUGGUAGGCAAUACACAGUACAGGCGAACUGCAUCGGAUGCCGCACAGAGAAAACCGAGUCAGCUGUUGGAUCCCCAGCAAGGUGUAGACAACAUUAAUCAUGUCAACAGAAAUGGAGGAACAGAAAUUUCUAGAAGGUCAAGCACCUCCAGCACACCACCAGUGUCACCCGGCCCAAGUCCUCGCAAUUCUGUGUCUUACCUAGCCAAACCCAGCAGUCCCAGUGGGUCG